CCCUGACGUGUGUCUUUGUAAUAUCAGUUUCAUAUGUGGAGCGGACGAGGGAUUUUCGUGAUUUUUUUUUUUUACGCGUGCGAGGUAGAUCAGUGACCACUUGAAUAACGACUCCCCCUUGGUUUGCCUCCCCCCCCCUCCCCACCAUCUUCCUUUCUCCCCCUUUUAAGUGUGAAAUCUAUCUUCUGAGACAGAGACUCUGAACCCCUCGGUGCCCGCAUGACAUGGUUCAGUCCAGCUGCGAGAUCCGAGCCUCCUCCAUGCAUUGGGAUUUUUCUCAGCACCGACACCGAGUGAAUCACCCUUCUUUGACCAUCUGAGAACUAUCGUGCCUGCCACACCAAGAGAAAAGCCCUGCCAUGACUGCCGCUUCAAACCGGGACGGAGCAACGGGACUUGUGGGGAGACCGGAAUGCGCAUGCAGGAAAGGGGACGGAAUACGUAUUUUUGCUCUAAUGAAGGCGGGAGUGCAGGCGCACCAUUGGAGCCGGGUGCUGUUCUUAUAUAUGGGGCUACUGGCCGCCUCGGUAAAGGCUCAGAACUGCAGUUACACACUACACAGUCCCAAUGGGACGAUAGAGAGCCCCGGCUACCCUUACGGUUAUCCUAACUAUGCCAACUGUACGUGGGUGAUAGUGGCGGCGGAGCACAACCGGAUACAGCUGGUGUUUCAAGGCUUUGCCCUAGAGGAGGACUUUGACAUCCUGUCUGUAUACGACGGGCCACCCAGCCCGGGGAACCUGCGAACACGGUUAACAGGGUUCCAGCUGCCUUCACCCAUUGUGAGUACAGGCUCCAGGCUCACACUGUGGCUGCUGUCUGACUACGCGGUCAGCGGGCAGGGAUUUAAAGCUGUCUAUGAAGCUCUGCCCAGCUACACUUGUGGUAAUCCUGGACAGCUACUCAAUGGCCACCAGCAGGGUUCCACAUUCAACAUUGGGGACAAGAUCCGCUACAGCUGCAGCCCGGGCUAUGUGCUGGAGGGUCACACCACCCUGUCCUGCCUUGCCACUUCAGCGGGUACUGCUGCCUGGGAUUUCCCCCUUCCCUACUGCAGAGCUGAUGAUGGGUGUGGCGGAACACUGCGGGGCCAGAGUGGGGUGAUCACCACUCCCAAUUACCCAGCUGAGUACAACAACAACGCUGACUGCACCUGGACCGUGCUGGCCGAGCCAGGUGACACCAUUGCCCUGGUUUUCUCGGACUUUCAGCUCGAGGACGACUAUGACCUGCUGGAGGUCAGCGGCACUGAGGGCUCUUCACAGUGGUUCACUGGCCCCAACCUUCCCUCACCCAUCAUUAGCAGCAAGAAUUGGCUUCGUCUGCACUUCACUUCUGAUGGCAACCACAAGAUGAGAGGUUUCAGCGCCCAGUACCAAGUGAAGAAGAUGACUGAACUUAAGUCUCGCGGUGUAAAGAUGUUGCCUAGCAAAGACAACCACCACAAGAUAUCAGUUUUGUCUCAGAUGGGUGUAGCGCAGGGACACAACAUGUGUCCAGACCCUGGGAUCCCGGAUCGAGGAAAAAGAAAAGGCUCAGACUUCAGGCGAGGAGCCACAGUGCAUUUCUCCUGCGACGAGGGCUAUGAACUGCAGGGCUCAAAGAGCAUCAGUUGUCUCAGAGUGACAGACAGCUAUGUAGGCUGGAGUGACGAUCGGCCCAUCUGCAGAGCACCAAUGUGUGGAGGUCAACUGAGAGGGCCCACUGGUGUCAUCACAUCUCCAAACUACCCGGUCCAGUAUGACAACAAUGCUAACUGCACUUGGCUCAUCACAGCCACAGACACAUCUAAGGUGAUCAAGCUGACAUUUGAGGAUUUUGACCUGGAGCGAGGCUAUGACACCCUGACGGUGGGAGACGGCGAGGUGGUGGGGGACCAGAAGACCAUCUUCCACGUCCUGUCUGGUACCACAACUCCAGACCUUGUGGUUAGCACCAGUCACCAGAUGUGGCUCAACUUCAAAACAGAUGACACCAGUGGCUCCCUGGGAUUCAAGGUGUCCUAUGAAGAAAUUGACCAAGGCAGUUGUGGAGAUCCUGGAAUCCCAGCAUAUGGCAAACGGGAGGGGGCAGGUUUUCGUCAUGGGGACAGACUCUACUUUGAGUGUCUACCUGCCUUUGAGCUGAUGGGGAAGAAGAACAUAACCUGUCAGAAGAACAACCAGUGGUCUGCUAAGAAACCCAGCUGCGUUUUUUCCUGUUUCUUCAACUUUACCACUCCAUCCGGGGUGCUGCUGUCUCCCAACUACCCUCAGGAGUAUGGCAACAAUAUGCACUGUGUGUGGCUGAUCAUCACCAACCCUGAGAGCCGCAUCAAUCUGGCCUUCAACGACCUCAGCAUGGAGAAACAGUUUGACUUCCUCUCGAUCAAGGAUGGUGGAAAGGCUGAGUCUCCUAUUCUGGGUACCUUUUCCGGUGAUGCCCUACCUCCUCCUAUAACAACUAGUGCCCAUGUGGCCCGACUGGAGUUCCUGACUGACCACACCUACACAGACAGAGGCUUUAACAUCACCUUUACAACAUUCCGCCACAACGAGUGCCCAGACCCAGGUGUGCCAGUUAAUGGGAAGCGCUUUGGUGAAAGCCUUCAGCUGGGCAGUUCCAUCUCCUUCUUGUGCGAGGAGGGCUUUGUUAAGACCCACGGCUCACAAACCGUCUCUUGCAUUCUUAAGGAUGGCAACGUGGUGUGGGAUAAUGCAGUUCCCCGCUGUGAAGCCCCAUGUGGAGGGGAUCUGAAGGCUCCCAGUGGGAUCAUCCUCUCCCCUGGCUGGCCAGAACUGUAUAAGGAGGCCCUUAACUGUGAAUGGAUCAUUGAGGCUCCUCCAGGCUACCCCAUCAAGAUCAUCUUCGACAAGUUCCGCACAGAGGUCAACUAUGACGUCCUUGAGGUGCGAGAUGGACGUUUUCCCUCAUCACCUCUAAUAGGUAGUUACCAGGGUACCCAGGUUCCCCAGUUCCUCAUCAGCACCUCCAGCUUCCUGUAUCUCCUCUUCUCAACUGACAAGAGCCACUCGGACAUCGGCUUCCGCAUACGUUACGAAACCCUGCAGUUACAGUCGGACCACUGCGUGGACCCUGGUAUACCUGUCAAUGGACAGCGGCACGGCAACGACUUCUAUGUGGGCGCUCUGGUGACAUUUAGCUGUGAUGCGGGGUACACACUUAGUGACACAGAGCCUUUAGAAUGUGAACCCAAUUUUCAGUGGAGCCGCCCCCUGCCUAGCUGUGAUGCAUUAUGUGGAGGUUAUAUCCAGGGCAACUUUGGCACCAUCCUGUCACCUGGCUUCCCAGACUUCUACCCACACAACCUGAACUGCACAUGGAUAAUCGAGACCUCCCAUGGCAAAGGUGUCCAAUUCACCUUCCACACCUUCCACCUUGAGAGCCCUCAUGACUUUUUGUUGGUGACAGAGAACGGCAGCUUCUCUCAGCCCCUGUGGAGACUAACGGGCUCCACACUGCCUCCACCUCUCAGUGCAGGACUGUUUGGGAACUACACGGCUCAGAUCCGCUUUCUUUCUGAUUUCUCCGUUUCCUACGAGGGAUUUAACAUCACUUUCUCUGAAUAUGAUUUGGAGCCAUGUGAGGAUCCUGGAAUCCCACCCUACAGUACCAGAAAGGGCCUGCAGUACGGAGUGGGAGACGCCCUCAUCUUCUCCUGUUUCCCGGGUUACCGACUGGAGGGUCCGGCGAGGGUGACAUGCUUAGGGGGCAGGAGGCGGGUGUGGAGCUCCCCUCUGCCAAGGUGUGUUGCUGAAUGCGGCUCAUCCGUGACUGGCAUGCAAGGGGUGCUGCUCUCACCCAACUACCCCGGUUACUACGGCAACAAACACGAAUGCAUCUACUCCAUCCAGACGCAGCCCGGCAAAGGCAUCCAGCUUCGAGCACGAGACUUCAGACUGGAAGAGGGUGACAUACUCAAAGUCUUUGAUGGCAGCAGUAAUAAGGCUCGUCUGCUGGGGGUGUUUACAGGCAGCGAGCUGCUCGAUACAACCCUGAACUCCACCUCCAGCUCCAUGUGGCUGGAGUUCAUCAGCAAUGCGGAUAACACCAGUAAAGGCUUUGAGCUGCACUUCAUUAGUUUUGAGCUGGUGAAAUGUGAGGAUCCAGGUCUACCCCAGUUUGGCUACAAACAGGAGGACAAGGGUCAUUUUGCAGGGAGCACUGUGUCUUAUAGCUGUGAUCCAGGCUACACCCUGAAAGGUCCCGAGGUACUUACCUGCCUGCGGGGGGAAAGAAGGGCAUGGGACAGCCCCCUCCCUCUCUGUGUUGCUGAGUGUGGGGGCACCAUCAAGGGUGAGCUUUCCGGUCGUAUUCUGUCUCCGGGCUACCCAGCCCCAUAUGAGCACAACCUGCACUGCUUGUGGACCAUUGAGGCUGCCCCUGGAAGCACUAUAAGUCUACAUUUCCUGGUUUACCAUACGGAGGAGGUCCAUGAUGUGCUUCGGAUCUGGGAUGGGCCCCAGGAUGGAGGGGUCCUGCUGAGGGAGCUGAGUGGCUCAGUGCUGCCCCAGGAUGCCCACAGCACCUUCAACACCGUCAGCCUGCAGUUCACCACAGACUUCUUCACUAGCAAGCAGGGCUUUGCUCUGCAAUUCUCUGUCUCCACUGCUACCUCCUGCAACGACCCAGGCAUGCCUACAAAUGGGACCCGCGGCGGCGACAGCAGGGAGCCCGGGGACCAUGUGGUUUUCCAGUGUGAUCCUGGCUACAUUCUACAGGGGGCCAACAGGAUCACCUGCACGGAGAUCAAUGGUCGCUUCUUCUGGCAGCCAGACCCUCCUACAUGCACAGCUCCAUGUGGCGGCAACCUGACAGGUCCUAGUGGGCUGAUUCUGUCUCCAGACUAUCCUGAACCUUACCCCCAUGGAAGGGAGUGUGACUGGACAGUUUCUGUUACACCAGACUAUGUCAUCGCCCUUAGAUUCAACCAGUUCAGCUUGGAGCCCAGUUAUGACUUCUUACAUAUCUACGAUGGGCCGGACUCCCUCAGCCCCUUGCUGGGUAGUUUUUAUGGCACCGAUGUUCCAGAUCGCAUUGAGAGCAGCUCCAACACACUUUUCUUGGCUUUCCGCAGCGAUGCUUCCCUCAGCAGCAAUGGAUUUGUGCUGCAGUACACAGAGAACCCCAGGGAGUCUUGCUUCGAGCCGGGCAUGGUGCGCAAUGGGACUCGGGUGGGCGCCGACCUCAAGCUGAGCUACACUGUCACCUACCACUGCGACAGUGGCUACACACUAGAGGGAGACCCAACCCUCACUUGCAUCUUGGGGGGAGACGGCAAGCCGAGCUGGAACAAACCCAAACCCAUCUGCAUAGCUCCAUGUGGUGGACAGUACUCAGGUUUGGAGGGAGUGGUCUUGUCUCCUGGUUACCCUGGCAACUACAGCAGUGCACGAACCUGUGUGUACUCUGUGGUGGUGCCAAAGGAUUACGUGGUCUUCAGUCAAUUCGCCUUCUUCCAGACAGCUCUGAAUGACAUCGUGGAGGUUUAUGAUGGACCGACACAGCACUCCCGUGUUCUCAGCUCCCUUUCUGGAUCACACACAGGCGAGUCAUUGCCACUAGCAACCUCUAACCAAAUCCUGAUCCGCUUCACCUCCAAAGGCCAAUCCAGCUUGAAAGGAUUCCACAUGGUCUACCAGGCUGUGCCACGGACAAGUGCCACCCAGUGCAGCUCGGUCCCUGAGCCCCGCAAUGGCCGUCGGAUGGGGAACAACUUUUCUGUUGCCGCUGUGAUCCGCUUUGAGUGCAGUCCAGGUUAUGUGCUGGAGGGACCGAGUGCCAUUGAAUGUUUGACAGUUCCCAAUGCCCUGGCACAAUGGAACAGCUCCAUUCCCAGCUGUAUAGUUCCAUGUGGAGGCAAUCUGACCCAACGAACUGGCACCAUCUUAUCUCCUGGCUUUCCUGAGCCUUACCUCAACAGCCUCAACUGUGUCUGGAAGAUCACUGUUCCUGAAGGAACAGGAAUCCAGAUCCAGGUAAUCAGCUUUGUCACAGAGCAGAACUGGGACUCGCUGGAGGUGUUUGACGGAGGAGACAACACUGACACCAUGCUUGGCAGCUUCUCAGGCACCACAGUCCCAGCUCUCCUCAACAGCACCUCCAACCAACUCUACCUACACUUUUUCUCUGAUAUUAGUGUGUCUGCCGCUGGCUUCAGGCUAGAAUAUAAAACGGUGUCUCUGACCAACUGCCCAGAGCCUCUGGUUCCAAUGAAUGGUAUCAAGGUUGGGGAGCGUCUUCAGAUGAACAAUGUGGUGUCUUUCCAGUGUGAACCUGGAUAUACUUUACAGGGGAACUCACAUAUCACCUGUAUGCCUGGAACCGUCAGACGAUGGAACUACCCACCUCCUCUCUGCAUAGCCCAAUGUGGUGGAAUCCGGGAGGAGAUGGAGGGCAUGAUUCUCAGCCCUGGUUUCCCUGGCAACUACCCUAGCAACAGUGACUGUACCUGGAGAAUCUACCUACCAGUUGGUUAUGGAGCCCACCUUCAGUUCCUCAACUUCUCCACCGAGGCCAACCAUGAUUUCCUCGAGAUCCGCAAUGGUCCUCUCGAUACAAGCGCAGUGAUUGGUCGAUUCAGUGGCCAGGAUAUUUCCUCCUCCCUUCUCACCACCUCCCAUGAGACCACAGUAUAUUUUCAUAGUGACCAUUCCCAAAACAAACCGGGGUUCCAAUUUGAGUACCAGGCUUAUGAGCUACAGGAGUGCCCCGAUCCAGAGCCAUUCCGCUACGGAGUGGUGGUGGGUGCUGGCUUCAAUGUGGGCCAGUCCAUUUCUUUUGAGUGUCUGCCAGGGUAUCAACUAAUGGGACAUUCCAUCCUUACCUGUGAGCAUGGCACCACCCGCAAUUGGGAUCACCCUUUCCCUCGCUGCGAAGUGCCUUGCGGUGGGAACAUCACAUCAGACAAUGGGACCAUCUUCUCCCCGGGUUACCCAGAAGAGUACCCUAGCUCAGCGGACUGCUCCUGGCUGAUCACUGUGGCUCCUGGUUUAGGCAUCAAAAUCAACUUCACCCUGCUUCAUGUUCAUGGGCCCCACGACUUCAUCACUGUCUGGGAUGGUCCACAUGAGACAGCCAGGAAACUGGGAGUGUUCACUGAUGGUGAGCCCAACGACCCUCCCAGUAGCACAUCCAAUCAGGUGCUGAUUCGUUUCCGUAGUAACACAGAGAAGGGCGGACUAUUCCGUAUCAGCUAUCAAGCUUACAGACUGCAGUUCUGCCUGCCUCCCCCCAUCAUUCCUAAUGCAGAGAUCCUGAUGGCAAGCAAAGAGUUUAAAAUUGGUGAUAUAGUGCGAUACAGAUGUCUUCCAGGCUACCAUUUAAGUGGAAACAGCAUCCAGACCUGCCGGCUGGGAACACAUUUGGAGUUUGAAGGGCCUCCGCCCUCAUGUGAUGUGUCUUGUCCCAUGAAUGAGGUACUGACAGCUUCCACGGGUGUCAUCAUGAGCCAAUCACCAGGCAGCGGUUUCCCCCAUUUUGAGUCCUGCUCCUGGGUGGUCAAAAUAGAACCUGGCUACAACAUCACCUUCACUAUAGAACACUUCCAGACCAGCCGUCAGUUUGACGAGCUUGAGAUUUUUGAUGGCCCAUCCAGACAGAGCCCUCUCCUGAUUACUCUCAGUGGUAACUACUCCAACCCACUGAGCAUCACCAGCUCUAGUAACAAAGUCUACCUACACUGGUCCUUCGAUCACACUACCAGCCACAAAGGUUUUCGCAUACGCUACUCAGCGGCCUACUGCAGCCCUCCAAACAACCCUGUAAAUGGCACAGUGCACAGUCUGACAGGCACUAAGCUGGGCAGCACCCUGCGUUUCAACUGUGACCAGGGCUUCCGGCUUAUUGGCCAGAGCAGUGCCAUAUGUACCCGGACUGCACAGGGGAUCUACCAGUGGAAUGCACCAGUGCCACUUUGCCAAGUCAUGUCUUGUGGAAUGCCAGUGCCUCCGGUCAAUGGCAGUAUUGUGGGCCAGGACUUCUCUUUAGGAGCCAGGGCCACAUACAAGUGUAAUCCCGGAUUUCGGCUUUCUGGGCCUGUCACCACCUCAGUGACGUGUCAGGAAUCUGGGAGAUGGAGCCCCAUUGAGGCCCCGCCCAGAUGUGUUCCGGUGACCUGCCCUGACAUCGGCCACUCUGCUGUGGAACAUGGGAGAUGGAGGCUGAUCUAUGGUACUCAGAACCUAUAUGAUGCCAUAAUGAUGCUCAUAUGUGACCCAGGGUAUUACUACAGGGGUCAAAGGGUAAUUCGCUGCCAAGCCAACAGCACCUGGAACUACCCAAAUCCACGGCCAGUCUGCGACAUCAUCUCCUGCGGGGACCUUGGGACUCCACCAAAUGGCAACAAGAUUGGAACACUAACUGUGUAUGGAGCCACUGCCAUUUUCUCCUGCAACACAGGAUAUACCUUGGUUGGCUCUCGGGUACGAGAGUGUAUGUCCAAUGGGCUUUGGAGUGGAACACAGGUUCAAUGUCUAGCUGGCCAUUGUGGCACCCCAGAGCCAAUAGUGAAUGGACAGAUCAUUGGGGAAAAUUAUAACUAUCGAGGCAGCGUUGUGUACCAGUGUAACCAAGGAUUUCGUCUCAUUGGGGUGUCGGUGCGAAUUUGUGAACAGGAUCACCGCUGGUCAGGACGCACUCCUGUCUGUGUCCCCAUCACAUGCGGUCAUCCUGGCAACCCUACCUUUGGUAUGACCCAAGGAACCCAGUUCAACUUAAAUGACGUUGUGCGCUUUGCCUGCAAUACCGGAUAUGUUCUUCAGGGGGCUGUUAAAUCUUCUUGCCAGGUCAAUGGGCAGUGGAACAACGCCCUCCCCAGGUGUAAAAUUGUGAACUGUACAGAGCCGGGCCAUGUAGAGAACAGCAUUAGGCAGGUACUGCCCAGCGGGCCGCAUCGCUACAGCUUCCAGACCACUGUGUCGUACCGCUGUAACCUGGGCUACUACCUGCUGGGCACCAGCUCCAUCUCCUGUCAGGGGGACGGUACCUGGGACCGCUCCCUGCCCAAGUGCCUGUUGGUGCUGUGUGACCGCCCCAGCAUUCCUCCGUACGCCCAGAUCUCAGGCGAGCGUCGGACAGUAGGCUCAGUCAUCCGCUACAGCUGCAUCGGCCAGCGUACCAUCAUCGGAAACACAACGCGAAUGUGCCAGCUGGACGGCCAAUGGAGCGGCUCGCCGCCACACUGUUCUGGCGAGUCCACCGGGUUGUGUGGAGAUCCUGGCAUUCCUGUGCAUGGUAUUCGUCUAGGAGAAGAGUUUACAGUGGCCAGUGCUGUCCGCUUUAGCUGUGAGCCCGGCUAUAUGCUGAAGGGUUCACCAGAGAGAACUUGCCUGACCAAUGGGACCUGGCUCGGCACACAACCUGAGUGUCAUGUAAUCUCCUGUGGAAACCCUGGUACUCCACGUAAUGCCCAGAUCCUGAUCCACGAUGGCCUGACGUUUUCCAAAUCCAUUACUUACGCUUGCAGGGAGGGCUACUACUCUACUGGCAUGCUUACCCGACACUGCACUGUUAACGGGACCUGGACCGGCAACAUGCCCGAGUGCUCCGUAAUCCACUGUGGUGACCCUGGAGUGCCAGCCAAUGGAGUGAGGUUGGGCAAUGAUUUCACCUACAACCACACAGUCAGUUUCCAGUGUUCUCCUGGUUUCAACAUGGAUGCUGACCGAGCCUCAACUCUUAUCUGCACCAAGGACCGCACCUGGAAUGGCACCAAACCUCUCUGUAAAGCGAUCGUAUGCGGCCCACCACCUAUCAUCCCCAAUGGACAGGUUGUUGGUACAGACUUCAUUUGGGGCUCUAGCAUCAGCUACUCCUGCAACCAAGGUUACCAACUGUCCCUGCCCACUCUGUUAACAUGCCAGGGCAAAGGCAACUGGAGUGGAGAGAAACCCCAGUGCUUCCCUGUGUUCUGUGGAGACCCAGGGAUGCCAGCCCAGGGGAGGCGGGAGGACCGAGGAUUCACCUAUCUCUCCUCUGUCUCCUUCUCCUGCUACCCUCCCCUUGUCGUGGUGGGCUCUACUAGAAGAUAUUGUCAGUAUGAUGGCACCUGGAGUGGCACACAACCCUCUUGCAUAGAUCCCACUCACACUACCUGUGGAGACCCUGGCACUCCUCUCUUUGGAAAUCAGAACAACAGUCAAGGCUACCAGAUCAGCAGCACUGUGUUCUUCAACUGUAGAAAGGGCUACUUACUUCAGGGCUCUAUUUCUCGCACUUGUCUGCCCAACCUCACUUGGAGUGGUUUUCAACCUGAAUGCAUUGCCCACCACUGCAGCCAGCCAGAGCUGUCACCCCAGUCUGAUGUGAGAGCCAUUGAACUACCAUCCCUUGGCUACACGCUGAUCUAUACAUGUCAGCCUGGCUUCUACUUGGCUGGAGGAUCAGAGCAUAGGACCUGCAGAUCAGAUGGGAGCUGGACAGGGAAACCCCCUCUCUGUGCAGCUGAUAAUCGGCCAAGUGGUGAAAGCCCAGUGGGGACAGUGCAGGAGCCGCCCUCCAAAUUACCAGUCCCUGGUGGCGUAUUUGCUAAGAAUUCUCUCUGGAGGGGAUCCUAUGAGUACCUGGGGAAGAAGCAGCCGGCCAUGCUCAGCAUCACUGCCUUUGAACCCUUUAGCAACCGGGUUAACGGGACACUCAUCGACCACAGUGGAGUGGAACUCAAACUGGCCGGUACAUAUAAGAAGGAGGAGGCUCAGCUGCUGCUACAGGUCCACCAGAUCAAAGGCCCGGUGGAAAUCUUUGUAAACAAGUUCAAAAUCGACAACUGGGCCCUAGACGGACAUGUUUCCUACAUCUCUUCAUCCAACUCCUUUGUGUACCAGGGAUUUGUCAGAGGGAAAGGCUUUGGCCAAUUUGGUCUCCAGAGACUGGAGAGUUUAGAUCCCAGCAGAGAAAAUACAGGCUACAACUUUGCGUCCAACAGCAGUUCAGUGGCUGCAGCCAUCCUAGUGCCUUUUAUAGCCAUGAUCAUUGCAGGCUUUGCUCUGUACCUCUACAAACACAGAAGAAGACCCAAAGUCCCCUUCAACGGUUACGUGGGCCACGAGAACACUAACGGACGAGCUACGUUCGAGAAUCCUAUGUACGACCGCAACAUCCAGCCCACUGACAUCAUGGCGAAUGAGACAGAGUUCACAGUCAGCACAGUGUGCACAGCUGUAUAACAACUGCUUCCUCCAGAGACACCCUUCUCCUAUUACAUCCAUUCAUUCAUCCUGGAGACAGUUAGGGGAGAAGAAGUGCACCACAUCUUCGCCCACCUGCCAACAGAGGACAUCCAUAGUUCCUGUAGCAAAGGGCAAGACAAAGAUCAUUUUAUCUGCCGAAAUGCAUUCAAGAAACAUCUCCAGGCUCUUACCCGCGGGAGACGAGAAAAAAAAAAGAAACCAUGGGAAGACGACUGUAACAAAUGCCCACAACAAAAUGCUUUUUGUAACUUUUCAUGGUUUCUUGAUCAUUUUCCAUAUUUUGAGGAAAAGCUUCCACCUGAAACUGCAGCCAGCAGUACUGCUGGAAGCUAAGCUGUGAUGACUUUCCUCAUCAGCCUCCGCAUAAUCCCAAAGGGAAUUUCAUGGUCAACUUUAAGUCUAGAAAUUGACCUGUAGCUAACAGAGAUCUCUGUGCAAGUUAACAAUAUGGCGGACAGUGUUGGCCUGUGAGAGUCAAAGAGAGACAGUCUGGACUGUUUCGAUUUCCUCUUCUCUCUGUUUUCAUUUGCUUUUUUUUUUUUGUUCUCUUUUUAUACGCUGCUUGCUUUCUGUGAUGAGUAAUUGGGAAACAUGUUUUCCCCCCAACCGUCUGCUCCUGAGGCUGUUGAAAGGCCCCACGUCUCUAGCUGAGGACGGAUAAAAAAUUCAGUAAGUUUUGAAGGCCAUGUUGGAGACAUAUUCCAUCGCUAGUUUUUAAACUUAACUCAGUCCUCUUUUUUUCUUUUCUUUUUGAAGCAGGGAUAAAAUUCUUCUUGCUGAGGCAGCUGUGUCCAGAGCAGGGGUUAAAAGGUAGCUAGGGCUGCUGAAAAAAGCACUAAGUGAGGGUGUAGAGAGAAGUUAUGUGUAUAUGUGUGUGAGAGAGAGUGUGUGCAUGUGUGUGUAUUUAUGCACACAUUUUUGGUGGCAUCUGCAAUCUACCCAAAAUAUCUCUUUGUUUGUUUUGGCCCCAGACACAUGCUAAAAUGUCUCCACAUUUAUUUUAUUUUAUAGUUAGUAAAUUAUGAGGAUUGGGUUAAGGAUCGCCACUAUACCCGGGUGCUCUGGUCACCCAUACAACAAGCAGCAACCCAGAACAACUACAGACUGUAUAGAUCCACUGAAAAAACUAAAACUAAAGGCAGUGUCAGUCUUUAGUUUCAUCUUUCACCUGAUUUCUCUUUGCUUGUAGUGAUCCUUUUGCAAUCACUUGACAUGUUUGUGUCUGGGAGAGACUGAAAAGAAGGUGUGGAUGGACAAAUCCACCUCUCUAGCUGAUGCACCUGAAUCAAAAUGUUACACGAGGCAAUCAUCUCAAAUUUGCUUCACAUAAGCAUCGGUUAGGAUGUUCCUGCCUCUGUUGCUCUGAGGCACUUGAGGAGAUAAAGGCAUUGGCUGGGUCAAAGUAGGGAUGGUGUCUGCGAUUCAGUUUGUUUCCAUGGAUAUGUAUAAAUGCCUUGGGACCACGUCUUUUCAAAAAACCUGAACAAAGCUGUACUGUAGCACCAAGCAUGUUACAGAACAACAUACAGCACAGUGUGGUCAUGUUUGAACUCCCUCAAAAUGUACAUCUGAAGGCGCUUGAGUCUGAAGAAUGGAUGAGUCAGUGAUGCGUUCCCCCUGGAUUACAUUCAGGUCUUUUCCUCCAAGUUAACUUCUGACAGCUCCAUCCUUUUUGAAAAGCAGUCUCUUUGUUUUGUCUUUGCUUGUCAUGGACUUGUUGCAGAAGGCCUCCUCAGAGUUGUGACAGCGGGGGAGUUGCUAGCAUACUGAUUAAUCCCAUGCAUUAAAUUGGAAAUGAUAAAUAUGGUAAGGAAAACAAGUGUUUAUGCCUCUAAUGCUAACACCUCAAAUAUGUGGCAACUGGGAAGUGAUAUCCAGGAAAUAUUGUUUAGAAAAGUACACAGGAGGGAACUGUCAUUAGCUAUAACAGCAGGGCUUUACCUUGGCGGGUGAUUGACAUGCCUGGUGAGAAAUAUUUACAACAUUAAUGUUUUUGUGACCCUUAUAAUGUGUAUUUGUGUGUGUAAAAUGUGUGUGACCGAUGGAGUCGAAGGAAAAAAAAUCUACUGGAUUUUAAACACACUGCCACCACCUAUUGACCACUUACUAUCCCCAUACCUGUGAGUCCAAAACAAUUUGGUUUUGUUCAUUAGCGUAUACAUUAUAUAUCAAUGCAACAAAGUGGCUUUCACAGUCAAAAUCAACCUCCACACCAACAGGUAUUUUAAUGAAAUCAUUAAAGUCACCUACAGUACAUAAUUUCCCUCAGAAAUCCAGGCCUUUGAAACCAAUCACUGUAUUGUUCCUUCAAUUAGUUUCGCUGUGGGUUGGUAAUUGCUUUUACAAUUUUAUUACUUUUAAAGCUCUCGCUUAUCUCAACCGUACAGAUAGAAUAUUGCCCCUUGCCUGCUCUGGUCGUGAAAUGAUGGAAAAGGAAACGAUUGAAUUACCCUGGAGAUUUCAAGGGGAAAAGAGCAGUUGCACUCGCAUUAUCUCGAAGGCUUUGUUACUCAGUUCUCAUAGUUUUUUUUUUGUGGCUGUUGCAUUGUGCAUUUCAUUUGUUUUUAUUCGGAAAUUGCUCCAAAUAUUUCAGCGGAGUUGACAGCUUCAUUACAUUCCAGUUAGUUUCUGUUCAGGCCCCUUUCAAGUGGUCUUUCCAUUCAUUCCUCCCAUGGCAAUGUUUAGCACACUUUACCCAACACUGCAUUAAGCUGAGUUGAGUAUCAAACAAACAAAUGUGAUUAGUUGGUGCAAUAUGACAUGAUGCCCCCACUCCCCUGAUAGAACCGAUUCUACAGCAUUUAUCUAGAUUUAGACUGUAGAUUUGGACAACCAGUACAGAAGCAUAAGCUCACACAACUAUGAUUGUUUUACCUACAAGGGCUCAGUCAGUCAGCUCAGUUCAGAAACGGUUUAAAAGGGCCAGGCUCAUACCUUUUCAGUUUUUUUUCUUUCUUUUUUUACCUCCUCCAGUCUCCAAAAAGCACUUUACGUUUAUUAUAGUGCCUUGGUACAACCCUAUGAUGUUAUUAACCAUCUGGAGUGGCUCUGUCUUUGUGUUCAGGAGUUCCAAGCAUAAUUUAUGUAAUAAGAUCGGGGGGAUUAUAUCAGAUGUUUGAAAUUAGAGUUCUUUUUUCUGGGUUUUUUUGGUCAAGUCCUUGUUAUCAUCUCUGCCUGUAUAACCCCACGCACACACUCCCACACACCUACUGAAGAAACUGGGAGCAUUGAACCUGUGUUUUUGAUCUUACAGCGAAAAACUGAGCUCGUUAGGAUCACGCCAGAUAAACCAUCGAUUUUUGCCCACUUUCUGCUUUUCCUAAAAGAGCAAUGAGCUCAUUAGUACUGUAUUUUGUGUGCAAGUAUUAACGUCUAGGUGUUGGUGUUGUGUGCGCUUUUGACAGUUCACCUUUUCAACCCAAGGAAAGUUAUUCAAAUUCAAACAUAUAAGAUUUAGGCAUAAUUAAGAUAAAUUGUUUCAAUCAAUUCUCGAUGUUGCUUUAUUUAGUUCCGCUAGUUAGAAAGGUUUUUAAACGGGGGUCAAGGCAUUUUCAAGAAUCCAUGCUGGUAGUUUUGCAGAAUAGGGAGUCUUCACUUAAUGGGCACUACAUUUAUAGAAAUACUUUCUUCAUCUGGGUUAGUCAAAAAAGUUCUCGAAGAAGGUGCAGUUAUGUAAAAAUGAAGAUCUGUGAGUUCUGGAUAGAGCCGUGCUAUAAGAGUUUGAAGAGACUUCUUUCUUGAUAGCGGCCGGCCACUUUCUGGUUCUCUUUGCAUAUUUUAAGACAGAAACUCUAAUCAUCCAAGGUUCAUUUUCGUUAUCUGCCAGACCCAGCUCUGAGUUCUCUCCUGCUCACCAUCUUGUCUGUUAUAAAACACACUGCAGCUACGGUCUGGAGUUCCCUGCAUUUUCUCACAGUCAGGGAAUAGACCAAAAGCUUCCCAUUUCUUUUCUGCAGCUAGUGCUCUCACUUUUUUUUUAGCGCAGGCCACCUUGUACGAGUU